ACUACCCGCUCUUCUCCUGCCAUGUCCAUGGAGAUUGGGAGCAACGACUGUGAGGAGGAGGAGGAGGACACUGGCAAUGGCAAUCCGAUGAAGCCAGGUACUCUUCUACAUUCAGCAUACCCGCCGCCGCCGGGGCUGCUGCGACGAGGAGCACCUGUCACGCACCGGCGGCAGUCCCAGCAGGCUAUUCCGGCGCCCUUCAUGUCAUCCGGGCCGCCCACCGCCGACACGCCGAUGCCCCAUCAUCAGGGGCAGCUCGGUAUGUUCCAUGGCCAGCACGGCGGAUCCAGGCCGCUGUUCUGUCCGCCAGGGAGCUACCCAAGUGCCGCCGAUGCCAUCGCGUCCAGAAAUCAGCAGCGUUUCACCGCCAACAGUGCCGUCUAUGCCCCAAGCCGGCGCAUAUGGAAUCCAAAUUCAACACUAAUGACUAUGUUCUACAACGGCGCAGUCAACAUGUUCGACGUCCCGGUGGACAAGGCCCGGGAGAUUAUGGUGUUAGCAAGCAGGACAUCUGUUUCUGACAAUGCUGCAAGAGUGCCCGUGCCUGAGCCGAGGCAUGUGUCGGUCAUUUCAAGUCCAAUCCCCGCCGUGUCACAAGCUCCGACGAUCUCCAAGCGCAUACCAGGCUACCAAAAUUACACCCCAGCUCCAACAACAUCUUCAGGCGUACCAUCAUCAGUUGUUCCACCACCAAGUCAGGCAUCCUCAGCUCAACGGAUGCAACAAGCAUCUCCUGCUGUCGCAGCAGCUAUUAAGCCAAUUGCUGUCCAUCAAUCUCGGAAAGCAUCUCUCGCACGAUUUUUAGAGAAGCGAAAAGAAAGAGUUUCAAGUGUCACACCGUACCCAUUGUCAAAGAGCCCGCUAGUGAGCAGCGGCACCUUUGGUAGUGCGAGCACUCCAAGCAGGUUAUCUAGCGCCAAGAGUCUAUGAGCAAGGACAUGUACAAUGGCUCUAGCUUAGGGUGGUUAUUGAGUUGGAAUGAGAGAUAGAGAGAUUUUUCUAUUGCAUGCGAUUAUUUUUUUCUUUAGUUACAUAUUUUCUCACGUUAUAUAUUUUCUAGUUUAGUUUUAGUCAGACUAUAUUUUUAGGAGCAAGCUACCAUUAAAAGUUAGAGAUAGCAAUAAGAGAUAAACCAUGUUGUAUAACAUAUAUUUUUUCUUCUCUAGAUGUUUUGCAAUGCAUAAUGGAUCUGUAUUUAUACUGCUUGUUUAGCCGGCGCUUCUUAAUGGA